AUGCCACCGGCGUCUUAUACUCCUGGUGCGAGAUCGAAAAAGAGGAAAAGUUUAACCCUCCUAUCAAGACAAUCAUUACUACCUGAAAAUUCUAGACGAAAGUCAACAUUCUUAAGCACACCUGCCCGAUCUACAAAGCGGAGACAAACUACUGCCGGUCCAUCGAUCUAUCCUCCAAGUGCAGGGUUAUUUAGUCUAACUCCAUCUAGUGCUGGUGGGGCAUCUGGUGCACUUGCGGUUCCUGGAUCUAGUAAUGGAUUAGUGACGCGAAGGUCGAUGACACCGUCAUCCAUUCAACCCUCAAGGAAUGUAGAUCCUAGACCAUUACGAGAAAGAAGAUAUCAAGAGAUGAUUCAGGCUGAGAUACAGUCAUUCUUAUUGGAAAAUGAAUAUGAACAAACUUCAGGCAUGUCAAUCACGGAAAAUACUUGGAAAAAUCCAACUCAACGAGAUUUUACAACUAUGUUCAAAUUCAUAUAUAAGAAGUUUGAUCCCACGAUAACAUUCGAUAAACCGGUUGAAUCUGAUUUCUUUGUCCUUUUGAAAAUUCUAGAAUAUCCUUAUGUUGAUACUAUAAGUCGAACACAAGUUAAUUCAGUUUCAAAAUCAAAUUGGCCCACAUUUUUAGGAUUAUUAUAUUGGAUGGUUACAGAAGCAAUUGGUACUUUUGAGAUUGACAUUAAUGAUGAGUUAAGUAUGGAUGAUGAGUUUGAUAAUGAAUUUGAUAAGAUAACAUUACGAUUACAAAAGAAUUCAUAUGUUAGUUUUCUUGAAGGUGGUGAAGAUAAUAUUGAUCAAUUUGAAUUCCAAAUGAUUUCAGAAUGUACAGAACUUGAAUCCAAGAUGAAUCAGGAAUUGGAAAACCAUGAUAAUCAUGAACAAGAAUUAAGAAAAGAAUAUGAACUAAGUUAUGUCCAAUUACAAGAAAUUGAAGAAGCAAAAAAGAAAGCAGCAGCUUUGGAAAUAGAUUAUGAUAAGUUGGAUGAAUAUAAUCACAAAUUGGAACAAAACCGAAUUAAAAGUGUUCAAAUAUUACAACGAAUAAAUGUCGAUGUUGAAGAAACGAAUUCACAAAUUAAACAAACCGAUGAUGAAAUUGAAAAGGUUAAACAACAAUUGCAAGAAAAGAAUAUCUCAAUUGAUGAUGCAAGAAAACUACUCAUUACUCGCGAUAAUCUAUUAGAAGAAACAAAAUUGGCAGAAGUAAGAUGUGCUGAAAAACAAAACGAAGUGAAUCAAAGACGACAAGUUCUAUAUAAGGAAAGUCAGAACCUUCACAGGACGAUCAAUCUGUUUAAUAAUGAAAUUGAAAAAAUUGAUUCUAAUGAUUAUGAUCUCCGACUUCUGAUGAAUGAAUAUUUAUCGAUUCCAAGUCAAUCAUUUGAUGAGAGUCAGAUAUUGAAUAAACCAUUUGACACGAUAUUAGUUGAAUUGGAAACUUGUGGGAAUACCAAAAUGACCAGUUUACAGAAUCAUCAACAACAAAACUUCAAAUUAGAAACUCAAUUAAGAGCAAAUAAUGAAGAAUAUAAACGAAUAAGUAAUUUACUUGAAGAAUCCAAGGUUAAUUUUACUAAUAAAGUACAAGAAUUUGAACGAAGGAAUAGGUUAUGUAAUGAACAACUCGAAUUGGAUAAAUCAGAGAUUAGAUCUUUAGAACAAAAUAUAACUAAUGAAAUAAUUAGGGUGGAGAAUUUAAGAGAAGAAAUUAAUCAGCAGUAUUCUUCAAUGGUUCAAUUACAAAAGGAAACAAAGGAGAAUAUUCCUUAUCAAUUAAAAGGAAUGGUUUAUCAAUGUGAACAAAUGGCGAAAUUUGCCGUCGAUUCCAUUAAUUCUUUGGGUAAUUUGACUGAAUUUGUUGAUUUAUUUGAAGAUACUGAGAAGUUGGACUAA